AUGAUACAAAGGACAUUAAUUAAGAGGUAAAUUCUAUUUAAUAUUUAGGUAUGAAUUUUGUUUGAUUGACGAUAAACUUCCAUUAUUUACUUGUGAAGAAAUUACUGAAAUUUAAAUAACCACUCAUGAAAUAAAUAAAGUUAGAAAUUGGAAAGAGAUUGAAACCAUUUUUUAAAAUGAUUAAAAUCGUGAAAAAUAAGUAAAACAAAAAAUGAUGAAUGUUUGGAAUGGAGGUAUUGGUUAAUUGAUUUGUAAUGUUAUGUUAGAGAAAUUAGGAAAAUAAAUAGCUUUUAAAAGAAAUUAUGAUUUAGCUAAAUAUGAUUAUGAUAGAUCAAAAGUCCAUUGUAUUUUUAUGCUAGAUAAUUCUGGUGUUAUGGGCGUCAAGCAUAGACUAAUGCAAAGAAUGGAGCUGUAACAUAUACAGAAGAAAUUGAAAAGAAUCCAAAUGCAAAAGUAAGUGUUAUCAUUUUCUAUUCUUAUGCAAUAGAUUGUGAAAAGUUGA